CAGCGGCAGGAGCUCUGCCGGUUACCGUCACGACAGACUUAGAUUGUCAAUUAACGAUCUUUCACAAUAAAUCGAAAGUUUCGACAACGAAAACACUCGGUCACGCGCUUCUCGUGUCACGGUACCUACCACACGCUCGCCGACUAUUUGUGCUUAGAGUAGCUCAGGCCAGGAGUGACAAUGAAGAUGAUAGUUGCCAAAAUUCUGAUCGUCGUGUCUCUGACUGGAACACAGGUGUUAGGAUACCCUCCGCAGGAGAGACUCAGGCCAGAUGGCGCACCAGUUCCUGCGGACGCCAUUGAACACGAGGACUCCAUGGCGUCCGCUUCUGAAGUAGGCGAGGAGUACGAAGACGGUGACGACUCGGACAUGUUCAUGGAACCAGAGAGUACCGAAACCGAGCAACCAGACAGAGAAGAAACGAUAGAAGAAGGUGACGAGAAGGAAACCGAAGGUUACAAAAACGUGACGGAAGAAGCUCCACCUGGGGUAACGGUGACAACAGAAGAGGUAGCAAACAGUACCACUGAGAGGACCAAGUCCAAAGACCAGGAAGCGGAAAAUACCAAAGAAGCUGAUCAAACGGAUGCGCCUGAUACGGAAGACAAGAGCCUGGAAACCGAUAGUCAAAACUUCUUCCCGUCGUUCGCCGAGCUGUUCGCGAACCACAGGGCUCCUUUCAUGGAACAGCAGAGGUACAGACCCAACAGAUUCCUGGGAUACUUCCAACGCGACCGCAGCAGUGGCUAUCAAACAGCUGCCGCUACCGCGAAGGACGUUCAUCAUCCGCUUCUGGGAUCUGGGAACUUCGGCGUGAUCCGAGGUGGCACUUACUACCCAGAGGACAAGGAAACCGACGAGUACACCAUGGACGAUAGCCUGUACAAUCCCUACUAUCACGGCAAUAAUCGUGGCCGCACAAAUUACUUCAGGAAUCCCAAACCGCAGCCUGUCCGCGGCGGCGAUUUCUUCGCGAAUUUCCGGGAUUUCGCUGACAUCACGGCUCCACCUAAGUCCAGUUUCUCUCACCUGUCUGUGGUUUACGCGAACAAGAACGGCAGCACCACUGGACGCAUCACGGAGCCCAGAAACAUCAUAGAGACUCUGAGGAUGCUAGAGGAGGAGGGACAAACGAGCUCCGAGGUAGCGAUGACGACAGAGGAGCCGAGGAAGAAGCAGAGCAAAGGGAAGAGGAAGCUGAUGAAGAUGAAGCAGAACGAGGAAGACAAAGCCAGGAGAUCCCGCAUGACAGUCGAGCCUUUGCUGGCUCUCAGUUGAACGUACACCGGGGACCGGAAUUGUAUGGUAGCGCGGACGCGAACCUCGGGAUUUUCUCCCAAACGCGAAAUCUGGCCACGAGAUCAGAACCAAAGUCUGAAAAGUGUCGUCACAUCCUACUUAUCGGUGGAGUAGAGUGCUGAAAAUGAAAGGAACUAUGAUCUAAGGGACCCUCGCUCGUUUCUCUGAACGCCCGAGAAGCAACUACCGGCCUGUCUGAAUUCUAUGGUAAAUUUCACGCGUUCAGAGACUGGAUUUCAUUAAUAUGAACGUCCGUAUUGACGUUAAUUUCUACACAAGUGCGUUCCGCUUCGUACUUCGCGAUCAUUAGCAUCAGCGUAAAUGCGUUCUGCCUUGGCGUACUUUUCAAUCUUCGUUGCAAUUGUACCGAUCGCGUGGAAGCCAGGCAUCUCGCCCAAUUAUUUAAAUUGUUUACGAGAAAUGAGCUGUUACUCGCAUAUCAUUUCGCUUCGUAAUUCACCGUUUCAGGGGUUCCGAGAAAGCUGUAAGCGUUGGAGUACGAGUUACCGUCGAA